GGGAGGGACCGGCCGCUGUGCGAGACGACUGUGGCGCUGGGACCGUUGAGCGGCGCGACCGGCCACCUCCCGCUUCCCCGGGGCCCGCGGCAGCGCAAGGGGCAGGCGGCAGGGGCACCCGCAGACAUGUCGCAGGCCGGAAAGGGGAGGCAGCCUCCCCUCGCCGCGUCCGCAGCGAAGGUGCAGAGCUCGGAAGUGCAGACCAGAAGCGAGCUGCUGAAGGGCAUUUUUGAAGCAGCAUCCCUUCUCAUAUCUUAAGCAUUGGCCAUUUCAGGAAACACCAUGGUCUUCUGAGAAGGUGUGUUAGGAAGUUGUGCUUUCCAAGGUUACCUCCUCAGGAUGGCACUUUCAAGAGAGCAUGGUGACAAGAAGACAAGUGAAACUUCUUCCAAAUUGGAAGAGAAAAAAGCAGAAGCAACAGAGAAGAAACCAGCAAGUGCUAAUCUCAGCCAAGCCCCCAAAACACAGACAAGUGGAGGAGGACCUUCUGCUGUUAAGAAGCAGUCCCCAUCUGCAGACACAUCAAAACCGCAAAUUGUGAAGCCAUCUGAAAAAAAGUCCACACCAACAACCAAAACAGAAUCUGGAAAAACCAUGUGGUCAUACAAGCCAACAGACUCUGCAAAUGAACAGCAGUUCAAAAUGAGGCAAAACGAUCAGGAUCCCAGUGGUCCUAGUUCUGAGUGUAUGUCCACGGAGGCUGGUGCAGCUGGUGCAGGCACAGGUGGUGCAAGUAUAUCAGCUGCAACUGUUCACUCAAGUACUGAGACUGGUAUGGAUGAGUUGGCAGUAGAUAAGCUAAUAGAUAGCCUAGCUGAACUUCAAGAAGAGAUGUCUACUAAUACUGUUUACAGUGGUCCAGAAGUUAAGGAAGAUGUAUUUUCAAGUUACUUGGAAGAAUUGGGUAAACGGGAAGGUAGUCUCCCUCCAGAGUAUGUUAAAUUGUUGAAGAGCAAAGUGGAUGGCAGAGAUGAACUCUUGCCAAAAGAGGGUGAAGAAGAUGAAAAACCACUGACAGAGGAUGAGAUUGCAGAGGCCCUGGCAUCUGACUUUACCUGUGUAGCUUCCGCUGGAGAAAAGAUUAGAACUCUGACAGAGGAAAUGGAAGGUGAAGCAGUGGAAGCUCUUCUUAAUAUUCUUAGUGGAUCUGGACCGGUACCUGAAGAUCUUGCCCAUGUUGCAGGGAUGUCACAGGCAAAAGAGAAAACACAAAAAAAGGCUGAAGAAUGUGAUGAUACAAUACCACAACACAGGUUAACACUGGAGCUGGAGAAAGAUGGAAAACCAAUAUUGCCAAAGACUGAAGAAAAACCUAAGCUUUUGAGUGAAUCUGAUGUUUUUGAUGAACUUUCAAAAGACUUUGACUACCUUCCACAGCCUGCAGUGCAAUCCAUACCAUCAAAGCCCAGCAGCACAUCCAAGAAGCCUUCAGAUCCUGUGUCUGCAAAAACUACUGAGGAUGAAGUGGCCCCUCAUGCCAGAACUUGUGUUGUGCACCAUUCAGCUCCAUCAGCUGAGUCUUCAGUUGGUCACAUGGCAGAUGAAGCCCUGGAAGCCUUGUCCAGUAGCCUAGGAAAGAGGGAGCCAGAUCCAGAUGAAGGGAAACCUGCUGUGGACAAAGUUAAGGAGACAAACGAACAGGAACAACGCAAAAAACUGGGUGAAGAUGAAGAAACAAUUCCUCCAGAUUACAGAUUAACAGAAGAAAAAGAUAAAGAUGGAAAACCACUCUUACCAAAACCAGAAGAAAAAACCCAGCCUAUGAGUGAAAAUGAACUUUCAGCAGGUUUGACAGAAGGAUUUUCCUGUUCUCCACCAUCUUCACCAUUACCUGCACCGACUGUAAUCAAGAAAAUCAAGAAAGAUGAAACACCUGCAGAUUCCUUGGAUGUUAUUGCUGCUGCUACAGUUCCUUCAGUGUGCUCAGCAGCUCCUCUAGCCUCUCCCUCAGGCGGAAAGGAGAUGGAUGAAGCCUUGGAUCUCCUGUCUGAUUCCCUAGGACAGAGGGAACCCGACCCUGAUGAUAACAAACCAGUUGUGGAUAAAGUAAAGGAAGAGGCUAAAUCUGAACACAGAGAUAAACUUGGAGAAAGAGAUGAUACUAUUCCACCUGACUAUCAAAAACUUCUGGAAUCAGGCGAGCAGGGUAAACCAGAAAAGCCAACAGCAAAGGAUGAUGUCAAACACAAAGGAAAAAAGAGAAGAAGCAGCUUUGAAACUGAAGUUCAAAUCAGAUGUAAUUCCUGGGAGGAAACAGCUGUGUUUCCAAAUAGCUCUCCUGACCACUGCAGUGCUUCCCCAGUGCUUACCCUGACACCGAAUCCGCAAAUGGCGAGAAAAGUGAGAAGGAAGCCAUCAGCACGAAACCAACCCCAAAGAGUAAAGGAAAAACCAAAGACCCUAAAACGGGGAAGGGACAGUCCUCCAGCAGCAAAUCUGAGAAGCAGAAAACGAAAUAAACAUUAACAUCACUGGGAUCUUGGCAUCUUUCUGUUGGUGGAUAAUUAUUCUUGACGAACAAAAGCUGAUGCAAAAAGCAUGUGGUUAUUCUGGGUGGGUUUUGUACAGUGGUACUUGCUGGACUUUGUUCAUUUUUUUUUUUCUCCAGUAGUAGACUAAGGUAGCUUUUCUUCUUUUUCCAUAGCCAUUCAUUUUAUUAUACUCAUAUACUUAGAUUUUUAUGUCAUUUUCUUUAGUUUUCAAAGAGAAAGAAUGCUUUAUAUUUGCAAGAAACUAUUUCAUAAAUCAACAGCAAUGCCAAAAAAAAAUUCUAAAAAUUUUUAAAAUCUAAAAAAAAAAAAAAAUUAAAAAAAAUUCUGCAGACUUUUGCACAUAAUCACAUAGUGCCUGUAAAUCUCAAACGAUUUUUUUAUGUGCUAGCAUUUUUAACAUUGCAUUAAGUAUUCUGGAAUAUAAUGAGCUUUAGUUAUCCUCAGCCCGCUUCAGCCUGGCUGUGCAGCUUUUCUCAAGCCAGUUCCUGAUGAUGACACCAUAGGUAAGCUGUGGGUAGCUAAAGAAUGAAAAACUGGGGAUUAACUGCUUCAAGUACAUCUAGUAGUAGAAUAGGUAUUUUAGAUACUGCCUUAACUGUAGUUAACACACCAGAUAAGGAUUUUAGUGGGUUUGUUUUAUUUCCAGUCCUAUCUGUCCUGUUACAUUGUUAAUGCAGGAGUCUCCUGGCCUGAACAGAUACAAAUCCUAGGGUAAUAACCACAGGGUUACCAUCACAGAAGAGGAGAUAAAGAAGGCACAUGAGCCUUAGCAGAGGUCAGAGAAGUUCCGGUCAACAGGCAGACUUUCUUACUUUAUUUUGCACUGUUUCUAGUCCUUGCUUCUGUUCCUUGCACUCCAGAAGGGAACGCAGAAAUAGGGCAGAAAUCAAUGCUGCAAGGACCAAUGUCGCAUUCACCUGCUCUCCAAGAGAACAGGCAAGAGCAGGCACCUCUCGUUAGUCUGCUGCAGACGGGGCUGUCGCAACAGAGGUGUGCCAAGUGCCUCAGUGUGUUUUUGUCUGUCUUCAUAACCUGCAGAAACAUCUUUUUGCACAUCCUUAGACAUGUACUGCUUCACCAUUAGCUUGCUGGGGAAGGACAUACCAGUGUUUGUACCGAUGCCAAAAUCUUCUAGUAUGUAGCCUUGCAGACAGAGACAGCCCGGAGAUUUAAGUUGGGGAUAUUUAGACUUUUGACUGUAUUCUGUAGUCUGUACUCAGAACCUCUGUUCACACUAAUAAAAGUUUUUAUGAGUGCAUGA